AUGCAAGCCAGCUCUUCCGACACCGAGCCAGUCUCGAGGCUAGUGGCGCUGCCGGAUGGUCACCGUCUCUCAGUUGUUAUUGCGGGGCCGCAACGCCAAGCCGACGUCCCCAUAACCAUCAUCAUUCCAGGGGUGGCAUGUAGCAUGACAGAAUGGGCGGGCGUUCGAAGACUCCUGAGUCCAGAUACAUCCGUCUUGCUAUAUGAGCGUUCUGGCCUUGGUGCGUCAGAUGAAUCUGAAGCAUCACCAACAGCAUCCGACAUCGCCUGUGAGCUCGAUGUGCUUCUUCAAACACUAGCUAUUACUCCACCGUACGUGCUGGUAUGCCAUUCAUAUGGUGGGAUUAUUGCAAGAGAAUUCGUGGACUUGCGGCAGCGCGCCGGAGGGGACGAUGUAGUGGGAAUGGUAUGCGUGGACGCAAAUCAAGAAGACAGUAUCCGACUAUGGCCGGACUCGGAUCUCUCGGAUCUCGGAAAAGGUCUGGAUUGGUAUAAUGCGAUCGGGUUAGACGAAGAGAAUGCGUUGUCAGAAGCUGAGUGGCAGGCUGUGAGGGAUGAGCAAAGAAGCGACAAACAUGAAAGGACGACUCAGAAAGAGAUGGAGCACUAUGUUGCGAGCUGCAAGGAGUUGGGGGCGAAAAAGCAACUCGAGCGACAUCCUCCACUUCUCGGAAAUCAUCCUGUUAGUGUCAUCCGAGGACACCCUGAGCGGGAUUUGCGAAGGGUUCUUCAGAUCGCGGCGACCGUGGGGAAUGGCACGGAAGAGCAGAGGCGGCAGUUUGGAGAGAGACUGGAUUUGUACCCGACGAUUCAUGAAGGUAUUCAGAAAGAGAUACUCAAACUGUCGCUGCAGCAUAGGUUCUUGGAUGUGACAGAGUGUGGUCAUUUCAUUCACCUGAUGAAGCCGGAAAUUGUUGUUGAAGAGGUGCGUUGGGUACUUCAACUCCAGAGAGGCUAG